AUGUCGACCAACCUACAAGGCAAGGUCAUCGCCAUCACGGGCGCCAGUGGUGGCAUGGGCUUUGAGACGGCCAAAAUGCUAGCCGCACGCGGUGCCAAAGUCUCCAUGGCUGAUAUCCAGGAAGGGCCACUGAUGGCUGCUGCCGACAAAGUCCGCCAAUCUGGCGGAGACACCAUGGCGCGCGUGGUAGACGUGCGUGACGAAAGUUCCGUUGACGCUUGGAUCGAGGAUACGGUAGCCCAGUUCGGUCCUCUCGACGGCGGCGUCAACCUGGCAGGCGUGCUCCCAAAGACAUUUGGGACGCACUCGGUAGCAGAGACUGUCUCGAGCGACUGGGACUUUGUGCUGGGGGUGAACCUGACGGGAGUCAUGUACUGCAUGCGGGCGCAGUUACGCCAUAUGAAGGAUGAAGGCAGCAUCGUUAAUGCAUCCAGUGUUGCGGGCGUGCAGGGGUUCGAAAACAACGCCAGCUACGGAGCGUCCAAGUUCGGCGUGAUUGGACUGACGAAGUGCGCAGCUUGCGACGUGGGGCCGACAAGAAGCAUUCGUGUCAAUGCCAUUGCGCCUGGCACAUUUAGGACUCCCAUGUAUGAAAGCGUCAUCGAGGCUCGAAACGGCGAGGAGAUGCCAACAAUACAGAAGAUCAAAAGGGAGGGACAGCCAUCGGAAAUCGCGUCCCUUGUUUGCUGGCUCCUUUGUGACGAGAGCAAAUAUAUCACCGGGACUGUACAGCUGAUCGAUGGGGGCUGGAUCUGUUAG